AGGACGAAAGGAGUUUAUGACCCGAAUCUCAAUCCGUACGCCAAGGUGGGCGCGUCUUGUGCGCACUUCAAUCGUGACAGUUUUGCGGUGCCAGUGAACACGGCCGGUGCGGAAUCCGAACACCUUUUUUGUGACAGUAGCACCUGCCAACGGGUAUUAUUCAUGUGUUAGCCAAGGGUUGUUUCUUGGUGUACUGUGAGGACGCUGCACGAGAGUGCGUAAAUCAUUCGGGUAGCGAUGGCCGUAUGAAUUUUCCAAAACUACAAGUGACUGCGUACUUACUGGGGAGUAGUGAAUUUUACUUGGAGCAACAAUGUUUAACGACAGGAAACUUACGCCCGGACACGGGUUCGUGAAGGCGUACAGCAACAACUGGCUAUCACACCUUGGAUCCGUUUACAAAUACGAAUCACCAAAGGAUGUGCUUCGCAAGCCGAACCAUCAGCAUCGCAAAAUCGCCCUGUACAGCAUCCUGGCGAUGGCGUUCGUUGCCUUCUUUACACUCUUCAUGAUCGUGCACGAAGCGGACCGCAAAAUGCGCCGGCAGGUGAUCGUUUCGAGCUUCGACAACGAAACAGCGAUCGAACCGAGUGCCGGUGGGCUCAAUACCCUGCUGACGACGCCGUUUUCGUCCUCCAGUAUGGUGAACCGUACUGCUGGACAGGAGACCGCGGCCAGCCAGGAAGCAAGCGAAGAGAUGUCCAUAUCCAGCCACCGCGAACCACCGUCAUCGAAACGAACGCGUCGGCUACGGUACUACGGUGAGGACGAGGGUCGUUUACAUGUCAGCCGUGACCAGCUAGUACUACAUCCGGCGCGUACACUGAAUCCACCAGCACCCCAGCUCGUAUCGAGUGAAAGGCAAGCAUCGGCAGAAGUAGUUGUGGCUUCGCGUCGCUUUGAUGAAGCUGAUCAAGCGAAACCCAAACCAUUCCACGUGAAACUGCAAGGGCCUGUUCCGGUUGGCUUUCAGCAACAGCAACAACAAACACAACAGGAUCACCACGAUUCUCGCAUGAAUCGUUCGGUGGAUGGCAUCGACUGGGGUGCGCUCAACAUCCAGGACGUUAUCCGUCAACUAACACAGGCCAAGAGGCAACAGCAACAGCAGCAGCAGCUCUACUACCCCUACAAAGCCACCGCCGACCAGCCCUCCGAGUUUAACCAUCCCGUGUACCAGAACCAUCGCGUCAAGUUCACCGGAAUCUAUCGGCAUCCGCGAAAAAAUGGUGACAUUACGACGCUCUUUGGUGCGGCCUCGAACCGUCCUCAGGAAGUUCGUCUACAGGCACCGCAGCUCAUUAAUCAGCAGCUCCAGCACGUGAUGCCUGAUCCGCUGUACAACUUUAAGCCGCACGAUCCGAGCGAUGUGAAUCUGCUGGCGACGGAACAGUUCCGAUUCGCUCCACAGGAGCAACAGCAACAGCAACCAAGGCAGGGAAUGCCGUUCUCUGUCAUGUUGAACCUGGAACCGAUGCCCAUCGUUGGCAGGCCCUCACAGCACCAGCACCAGCAGCAGCGAUACAGGAAGCGGUUCCAGAAUCAAUAUCGAAAUCAACGCUACCUUGGCCAACCGUGGAAUGUGGGGCCCGGGGCCGAGCAGUCGUUCGCUCAGCUGUCACCGUACCGGGCGCGCCCAAUACCGAACAAUCCCUACGGUGGAAGUGGCGAAUACGAAGAUCGGGAAAAUUAUUUUCGACGGACAGGACAUCAGCAGCUGCAGCAGCAGCAUCGGCAACAGCAACAACAACAGGGCAUACCGGCAUUCGCUAGCCCUCUGAUCGGUCCCGGACGACUGAUGAUCCACUUUAACAUCUUCCCCAAGCAACAGCCCGCUACGGCGCAACGCAAAUCGGAAGUCGCGUUCGCUUCCACUGAGCUAAACACCUGGGAAGAACACACACAGGACCAUCCAACUCCUCCUAGUGCACUCACCACCCUACAACCGACGAUUCCAUCGCCCUGGAUUGGUUCACUGAUCGGCGCCCAAGAUGCACAGUCAUCGGUGACCACGCCAACGACCACACCGACACCCACGGUGGAGGUCAUCAAAUCGAUCGAAAUACCGACGCAGAUCAACUUCGAUCACGUACCGCUCGGGCGGCAUCCCCCCUCACCACGCCCACCAAAGUACCACCACAAUCCUUGGGCGGGCGAUGAAGCGAUCUGGGGGAAGCAGCAAUAG